AUGGAUUUGAAAAAAGAUAUUCAUCUUCGUCAUCAAGGUCAAAUUUUUGUCCUUCCUUUACGUACAUAUAUCUUAACAACGGCUACCGGUACAAGAAGAGCGAUUAAAAGAAGUGGAGCAAAUCUUUUCCCAUACGAAUUAAUAACCAAUUCACCAACAAGAAUACGAAAUAAAAAGACAAACGAUAUGUCAUUAAUGCAAGAAAUUGAAACGAAUUCAAUGGAAACUAGACAAAUUCAUUCAAGUCAAAAAGAAGCAAUGAAAAAAAUAUCUGAAUUUUCAGGAGAAUCCAAUGAAAAUGAUAUUGAUGAAUGGUUAUUCGAUUUAAACAAUAUAUUUUCAUUAAUGAAAUAA